AUGACUUCUGCAUCUGCAGACUCGGAGCAAUUUGACCACAAUCUGUGUACAAGACCACAUUAUUUCUUGUUCAUAAUUUUAGGUGUCUUCACCUCUAUCUCCUUGUGUGGACUUGUGGGGAAUGUGGUGGUUGUGUGGCUCCUGGGCUUCCGCAUGAAGCAGAAUCCCUUCACUGUCUAUGUCCUGAACCUGGCCAUCGCUGACUUGUGUCUGCUUCUGAUCCUUCUUGCUGGUUUUAUAAUAUUAAUGACUUCAGGACAAUAUUGCAAUCUUAGUGAUGGUCUUUUCCUGACCAUUGGCUUCAUGGCUCUGCUGUUCCUGUUUUGCUAUUUGGCUGGCAUGUAUCUGCUGACAGCCAUGAGCGUAGAGCGGUGUCUGGCUGUUUGGUUCCCAGUUUGGUACCGGUGCCACCGCCCUAAGCAUUUGUCAGGUGCCCUGUGUGGGGUGCUCUGGGCUCUCGCUGCACUUUUUCUUCUGCUGCUGUUCCUGACUUGUGCUUUUACUGAAAGCUGUUUGGAAAUAUUUAGUGUUUUAAACAUUGUGAAUUUUGCCCUGUUCUCCUUCAUCCCAUUGCUUUCCAACCUGGCCCUCUUCAUCAAACUCCGAUGUGGCUCCCAGAGACGACACCCAGGGAAACUCUAUGUUGCUCUCCUGCUCAGUGUCAUCUUCCUGGUCAUCUUUGGACUCCCUUUCACUGUGUCAAAUUUCCUUCCUGCUUUUGAUGCAGGAUUUUUUUCUAUUUCUUGCCUGCUGAUAUCACUGAACAGCUCCAUCAAUCCUGUCCUCUACUUCCUGGUGGGGAACUGCCGGCAGCGUCGCUUCCAAUGCUCUGUCAAAGCUGCCUUCCAAAGGCUGUUUGAAGAGGAAGCCACAAGUGAGGAGAGGAGCCAGGUGCCUGGGGAUGCUGUGAUGGAGACCAGUGUCUGA